AUGAAAUAUUAUCGCCAACCUGAGUGCCAUGUUGGUUUGAGACUUUCUCUGAGUGCCAUGUUGGCAAAGUGGUUUUUGGUUUCUGGGUUUCUGUCUAAGCAAGAAGAGUGGAAGAGCAAUAGCAUCCAAAUUCUAAAACAUUCCAAAGGUUGGGUUUCCUUGACCAACAAGCCAAUUCGAUCAGUUCCAUUGCCUGCCAAAAGCGAAGCCAAGGCAGGGUUUGAGGACUUGAGGGUAUAUAGAGCGGGAAGUAGGAAUGGCAAUGGGGGCCAUCCCUGCCCUGCCUCUUCUGAACUUUUGAACUUUGCUGUUGCUAUGAAGAAGAACAAAGGGAAACAGAAAUCUUCAGUACUAAGCCCAAAAGAAAAGACGAGAAAUUUCUUUGAUACCAACAAGGAAGAGCCUGGUGGUGGUGGUGGUGGUUCUUCGAAAAGGCCUAAGAGAGCUGCUGCAUGCAAAGAUUUCCAGGAGAAAUCUAUACGUUUGCGUGAAGAAAAGUCUUCUGUUGUUGAAUCAAAGAAAGAGCAACUUGCCAAUGAAGAGAUUUUAGCUCUUUGCUUGACUCAAGGACAAGAAGAUGGUCGCCCUAACAGGAGAUUGAUUGAUUUUGUUGCGCAUGAUGCAAACGGCACCCCACAGGCCUUGGAGAUGAUUGAAGUUGAUAAUAUGUUUAUAUCUGGUAUUAUAUUACCUCUUGAGGAGAGCCUUGACAAGGAAAAAGAAAUGAGCGUUAGGUGUGAAGGCUUCGGAAGGAUAGAAACAUGGGACAUCUCUGGUUACGAAGAUGGCUCCCCGUUUAUUUGGCUUUCCACAGAAAUUGCGGAUUAUGAUUGCAUUAAGCCUGCAAGUGGCUACAAGAAGUUCUUCGAUCAUUUCUUUCAGAAGGCCCUUGUUUGUAUUGAGGUGUACAAGAAACUGUCAAGACUUUCAGGAGGGACCCUGAUUUCACCCUUGAUGAGUUGCUUGCGGGGGUUGUGCGGUCUAUGA